GUGACCGAGGUGGUCGGGGUGAUGGGUCGUCCAGCCGACCUGCCUUGCGACACGAGCUCCUCCGACCCGGCCGACCAGGCCACGCUCGUGCUCUGGUACAAGGACGGCGAGAGCAUCCCCAUGUACAGUUUUGACGGCCGCGGGGGCCGCCCGCUGGCGGACCGCACAGUGGGCGCUCCUCCGCCCCGUGAUGUGCUAUUCGUAACACACAUGGAGCGGUCCGCUCUGCGGCUGGCGGCAGUGGCCGCUCACGACGAGGGCCAGUACCGGUGUCGGGUGGACUUCCGGAACAGCCAGACCCGAAACUACCGCAUCAACCUGACCGUCAUAGUUCCGCCGGAGAGGCCAAUUAUCUUAUACAACACGAGGACGGUGACGGGAAGGAUCGGGCCUCUGCAGGAAGACGAGCCCCUGGAGCUGGUCUGCCUAUCUCAGGGAGGUCGUCCGGCGCCGCGAGUGCGCUGGUUUCGCGGCAGUCGCCUGCUGGACGGCACUGACCGGUCAGCCGGGGCGGGUCAGGUCACCAACGAGCUGCGCCUGCCGCCGCUGGGCCGCUCCGACCUGGACACGCGACUGGUGUGCGCCGCCUCCAACAACAACAUCAGCCAGCCGGCCGUCAACGACGUCCACCUGGACAUCUACUUCCGUCCUCUGAGUGUGGAGAUCCUGGGCUCGGCGGCGGCGGCGUUCUCGGCCGGCAAGACGUACCACCUGGUCUGUCGCACGUUCGGCUCUCGGCCGGCAGCCAACAUCACCUGGUGGAUCGGGAACCGGCAGCUCGGCGGCCACUCGCAGGCGGUGUCCAACGGGGGCAACAUCACCAGCAGCAAGCUGCCCUUCCAGCCGGCGGUCGAGGACGACGGCAAGCAGCUGACGUGCCGCGCCGAGAACGCAAUGGUGUCCGCCGGGACGCUGGAAGAUCAGCGCGCGCUCAACGUGAGAUACGCUCCAGUGGUGACCCUGCAGUUGGGUUCGGCUCUGCGAGCUGAUGACAUCAAGGAGGGUGCCGACGUCUACUUCGACUGCUCCAUCUCGGCCAACCCAGUGGUCUACAGCGUCAUCUGGUACCACGAUGGUAUCCAGCUGAGCCCCGGCUCUCAGGAGGCCGGCACCUCAGACCGCGUGGACACCAGUGACCGCAACCUGGUCAUUCGCAACGUCAGUCGCCACUCGACCGGAGCGUAUGUCUGCAAGGCGUCCAACCAGGAGGGGGACGGAGCCAGCCGCCCCGUGAUGCUCAGCGUCAAAUACGCGCCCGUCUGCCUGCCCGGUCAGAAGAUCCGCUACGGCGCGGCCAGAGGCGAGACUGCCCAGGUCAUGUGCAAGGUGGACGCGAACCCACCCGAUGUGGCCUACAAGUGGCAGUUCAACAACUCAAUCAAAGUGUUCGACCUGUCCUACUCGCAGGUACGCUCCCGUGGUAUGGAGAGCCGGGCCAGCUACACCCCACGGACCGAGAACGACUACGGUACCCUGCUGUGUCGCGCCGACAACUCCAUCGGCCGAAUGGUGGAGCCGUGUGUGUUCGAACUGGUGGCUGCAGGUCGGCCGGACCCGCUGCGAAACUGCAGCGUCAUCAACCAGACGUCCCACUCACUGGAGGUCGAGUGUCGCGCCGGGUUCGACGGCGGCCUGCCGCAGUACUUCGUGGCCGAGCUGUUUGACCAGACGGGCCAGGAGCUGCUGCGGAACUUUACCCGUCCGUUUCCCGACUUUGCCGUGGCGGAGCUGCCGGCCGGCCUCGAGCUGCGUCUCGAGCUGUACGCGGCCAACAGUCGCGGCCGCAGCCGGGCCGUCACACUGCACGGCUUCACCCUCAAGAUGCCCGAGAAGGGCGCGUCAAUGGGAGAUUCAGGCGCCACUGCCCAGCCACCGUUCGUGGUGACACCCAUCCUGGGGGUGUUGAUCGGACUGGUGGCGACGCUCAUCAUCCUAGCCAUCGGAGCAGUCGCCUGCAUCAGAAACAGAAGCGGUCGCUCGCGGAAGGCAGCCUCAGAGGCGGAGCGCAGCCCGGCGUGCUCGGCUCCGGUCAAGGCCGGGUCAUGUCCCGGCUCGGAGGCGGAUACCGAGCCGGACUCUGCGCAGCUGCGGCCGCUGGCCAACUCGCUCACCAAGGCGUUCGACGCGGACGAGCUGAACCCCGACGUCGUGCCCAGCGUACACGAUCCCGGCUAUGAAGUUACUGAAGGGACGAUAAUGUUGAAUCAUAUUACCGACGAUAUAAAAAAGAACAACGCGCCGCCGCCCGUGCGACCAAAGCCGAAACCCAUCAGGGCAAACAUAUAUCAGGAUGACGUGACGUACGCGGAGCUGACCCUGCCCCGGUCAGGUCAGCAGGGCAAGCAGUGUCGCCCGAGGGCCUCUCCGGCCUCAGGGGUCAUCUACGCCUCCAUAGACCACGGCAAAUCCGUCAGUCUGGGGCCGCACACGGCGUCAGCGCGCAGCGUUCUGCUCAACAACCAGAACGAAACGGUCGUUUGAUGACGCUCCUCCGUGGAAACGCGCGACCUAGUGGUGUGUCUGCGGCGUUACAGCUGUGUUGUGACGUGUUUUUGAUGACGGCCGGGCGAUUGUGUCGGCGCAGCGCGAUGACGUCCAUGACGUCGGGGUGUGAUGACGUGUUUGGUGGCGUCAGUGACGCUGUGAUGGAGAGGCUGUACGGCGGUGAGUUGGAAACCAUGGUGAAGAUCCGCUCUGCUGGAGGCGCCGCGUUUGAUGUGAUUGGCUUCCGCGAAAGACAUCCGUCGAGUUGUGAGCGCCGGAGCGUUUGCAUUGGUGCUGAGGUGAUUGGCUGAUUGAUGUGCUGUUAUUCUGGGAUGUGAGUGGAAUUGGUUUUCUGAUCAGCGCCAGUAACACAGUAUCAAUUUUCGCCGCCGCGGCUGGAACAGAUGCCAUGGACGUAACACGGUGUCGACGGAACGGGAACGCUCUAUCAAUGACAGUGCUCAGUGCGGACAUCGCUCACUUCUGGUUUCCCGGUGAACCCGGCGCCCCGAUAUGGGUUCCGGGAACGGAGCCGCCGUAUCAGCCAAGUCCGGUUCCGCUGGUAAUAGGUUAUCCCGGCCGGCACGGGUGAACCGUUUUGUAGCCGGUACCUCGCACACGUGCUAAAUUCUGGUCGAGGUUAAAAACGUUCACUCCAUAUUUGUGGGCUGAAAAGUCAGAUCUGACUAUAAAUUCUAUAAUUCGACAAAUAUGACUGACUCUGGAAAUGAGUCGUGGGCUGAAAACUCCUGAAAACGACGUAAUUUGCUAUCUGCAGCUCACCUUUUCGAGUCUGAAAUACUAACUGCUUCAAUUAUUAUAUUGUGUUUAAGAUUAUAUUGUUGUAUAUUUGAUCGCCUUUAGGUGCUUACCUAUGAGAAGCCGUAACAGUGAAAUAAUCGGCAUACCUUUUUCUGUUUCAGUGACUUGCGUUAAAAGAAGAGUACCAAGUGAUUUUCUCGGAGCCAAAAGUAAUCUUUUGAGACCAUACAUCAGCCCACUAAACCAGCAUAAUGUUUGCUUGAAAUGGUAUUGUGCCUGGCUUUGUGGAACAUUUCUAAAAUAUUGACAUGAAAAUCGAUCGUGAGUUGCACAUCGUAUAAAAGGCAGUACAGAAUUGCAUGGCCUCUUGGAAUCUAGCACAAGUGUAAACUCAAGUUCUCGUCCGUUUAAGCUGCAUUAGGUACUCUUCCCGUCCCGAGGUUCAUAAUUGAUUCAUGAUCUUCUUUUUAUCAGGCGCUGACAAGUAUGGUAAAAAUCUCUCAGUCGCCACACAAUAAAGCAUUGGUUUAUUUGUCAUCAGGAAUAAAAUCCCCGCAAUGCAACCAGUUUUAACCAGAGUGAUGAAAUGUUUUCCAGUCGUUGCAAUCGUGCAAUGGAACAUGGGUUCUCAAUUUUAUGCAAAACUUCUCGUUUUUAUCGGCAUUUUUUUAAAAUAUUUUUAGUCCGAACCUUUUGAAUGGAAGGAUUCACAAGGACAGAGCCCCAGCUAAGUGAAGUGUGCUCUGGUGCAGAGCAAUGUGUGCUCUGAUGAUCCGAAGUCCAUUUCUGAGGCUGUAUCGACGCACAUUUGUUGAACUGAAAUACACUAGUUAAUACGCUGGACAAUCAAACCUCGGCACAAAUUUGCCAGCCUAUUAAGACAUCUUGCGGUUUACAAAUAAAGCAUAGUGGUAUUUAGUGAACCGUCGAUAUCCUUUUUGCUCUCAUAUAUCACUUCUAAACGGUUUAUGUUAUUUUUAGGGGUCGUGCAAAACAGUUCAUUGAACAAGACGAAAGAUCAGAGCGGGGCAAAAUAGAUGCUGGUACAAUCUUUAAACAUUAUGUCCGCGACAAUCAAUUCCACUUCUCAGCUUCUUCUCAUAGAAGUGCACAAAAAUGAUAGCGCUGAAAAACGCUCAAAACACUCGUAACUCGUUGCGCUGUGUGAUGUUGGCUCGAACACUUUGCCAGCUGGUGUUGAAUGAAUGCCUCGCUGUGUUGUGCGCGUGUCUGGCGGCCUAUACCGCCGUCGGCCGGAUCGUCCAUGUAACUUGUAUCAAGUGUUGCCAGAACGUGUAGACCGUCUCCUUCUACUCAGCUAUAUCUGUGUCGAUGUGAGCUGAACACUGCGGUUCCUCUCGCCGUGUGGGCUGAACACCACGGCUCAUUCAGCUUUACCAUGUUGUCUGCUCCGCGUUCCGGCGUAGACAGCCACCUCAGCUGGCAGUCCCGACUGCCGCAGAUGUCUGUUUGGUGUUAUUUUGUCAGCUAUACGCUCGUCAGGAAGCCUAUACCAGUAUUCGCAGCCGAGGCGGUGUUGAAACGGGCACGUAUUGUCCAGCGUAGUGGUGCCCCGUGUUGAAACUGUGGCCAGAAGUCGGUGGUUAGUCGUGUCGAGAGCUCCGCCGCCGAUAACCGUAUAUCGUUGUUCGGAGAGAAAUUUGCAUUCCAUUAGUGUCUUCCUGACAGUGAAAUCAUGCAUGUACAUACACUUUGUGCUGUUUUAUACUGUAAUACACUUGUCAUCUGAAUUC